GAGUCUGGCUCAGCCACCGCAGACAUGGCAUCCAUCAUGGACUUUUUCACACCCGACAUGUGGGGAAAAACAAGACUUUUCAUGCUGAAAUCGGGAGUGAACAUCCGACUGCUGUAAAGAUAUCGCAACAAAGGUCCGGUUGCGUGGUCGGAGGUGCACGCUACCAAAGAUAGGAGGCUAAACUAAGCCUCAAGGCCUCAACGACCAUGCGCCCGACGGCCUGUCAUCUUUCCGUGCCUCAGGACGGGAUGACACUGCCGAGAGCACACACGCGACGUGAAGAUACGGUUUGAUCAUUUGAUGCAUGUUGGCCGCUUGUGCGAACGGAUACAAGAGGUGGGGCCCUGGGGGGUCAGCCGAGUAGUCCUCGCGAGGUUCAGUCCUACGCUGACACUCACCAUGCUGCACAGGGCCGCUCUGGUUCUGGCGUCGCUCCUGGCGGUCUCCGCUCCUGUUCGUGCUCUAUGGCCGCUGCCUCGCAACUUGGACGAGGGCACGACCGCUCUUCGUCUCUCACAUGGCUUCCACAUCACAACAGACGUGGAGAAUGCUCCCCAGGAUCUGUAUGAAGCAGUUGCGCGGACGCAGACGUACCUUUUUAAGGACAAUCUGGGACGACUGGUCGUCGGGCGCGGAGCGGGGGAUGUCAGCGCGUUUGAGACAGCUGCAUACCUGUCUGAGCUGAAACUGUCGCUCAAAUCUGGUUCUACCGUACUUUCGAUCACGGAGGAGGCUCAGAAGCCCAUUGAGGACCGGGAUGAGGCGUAUAGCCUGGCAGUGCCAUCGAAUGGUUCUGUUGCGACCAUCACGGCCACUUCCACUCUGGGUCUCUUCCGGGGUCUGACGACGUUCGGUCAGCUUUGGUAUGAAUAUGAUGGUACCAUUUACGCUAUGAACACGCCGCUGCAGAUCGAGGACUCGCCUGCCUAUCCUUAUCGUGGUUUGCUGCUCGAUACAGCGCGUAAUUACUUUGGCGUGUCUGACAUCCUCCGCACUUUGGAUGCGAUGAGCUGGGUGAAGAUCAACCAAUUCCACUGGCACGUAGUCGACAGUCAGAGUUUUCCGCUUGAGAUCCCUGGAUACAUGGAGCUUGCUGAAUACGGUGCUUACGGGCCGAGCAUGGUCUACACCCCGAGCGACAUCGAGACUAUCGUCUCAUAUGCCGGAGCGCGUGGAAUCGAUGUUCUAGUGGAGAUCGACACCCCAGGCCAUACUGCAGCGAUUGCUGAUGCCCAUCCUGACUUCAUCGCCUGCAACCAGGCACGUCCUUGGGCCAGUUACGCUAACGAGCCGCCUGCUGGUCAGCUGCGUUUCACCAACGCAACGAUCGCAGAGUGGACUGCAGGCAUGUUCUCAGAGGUUGCGAAAAUGUUCCCAUCAACGAUGGUCAGCACCGGAGGAGACGAAAUCAACACGUACUGUUACGAGAUGGACGAAGAGACACAGAAAGACUUGAAUACGACUGAUCUCUCGUUCAAUGAUGCAUUGGCGGACUUUACGUCGCAAACGCACGCUGCACUCAUCGCGGCUGGGAAAACGCCGGCUGUCUGGGAAGAGAUGGUUCUUGACUACAAUCUAACGCUGUCAGACGACACUCUUGUUCUGGUCUGGAUAUCUUCCGAAGAUGUCCUUGCUGUGGUCGAGAAAGGAUUCCGGGUAAUUCAUGCCGCAUCCAAUUAUUUGUAUUUGGAUUGUGGUGGAGGCGGUUGGGUCGGAGAUUAUCCAGCCGGCAACAGCUGGUGUGAUCCUUUCAAGACGUGGCAAUAUACCUACACGUUCGAUCCCCUUGCCAAUCUGACUUCAGACCAGUAUCACCUGGUCGUGGGCGGCCAACAGAACUUGUGGACUGAACAGUCCAGCCCAUCAAACUUGGACCCUAUUGUCUGGCCGCGUGCUGCCUCUUCGGCGGAGGUCUUCUGGAGCGGGCCCGGCGGAAACCUGACAUCUGCACUCCCGCGUCUGCAUGACGUCUCGUUCCGCAUGCAGCAGCGCGGCGUCCACUCAAUCCCCCUUCAGCCGCUGUGGUGUGCGCUCCAUCCCUAUGAGUGCGAUCUGACUUGGUAGACGCUGUUCUCCUUGAAUGGACAGACAUUUGUUGUGCUUUGGACUGUAAGGAGCUCAUUGUUGUAGAUACUAGUGCUAAUGGAACAUUGAAGACUUGGAAGUGGCU